GCGGUAAUUACCUGCACCAGAACGGUCGUAACCAUAGUCGAUAAAUUUGCAGAUGACUUUACCAACUAGUGAAAAUUAAAUCUCUUAUGUUAUCGACAUAAAUAAUAUUUUUCUACUUUCUCUACGUCCUCUACGAUAAGCGGUGCCAGCACUUGAUAUGUCUCAUUUUGUAGCAAAUGAAUCAAUGAAGUAAACACGUGGUAUCGGAGAAAACAUUGGAAAACGAAACGAAAUAAUAUUUAUGAUUCAUCAAUAAAAGAAAGAACGCAACGAAUAAAUUAUGACUGACAAAAAGAAAGUAAAAGCUUAUGCGAAGAAGAAACGUAUACCGGAGAGUAAAAUAAUCGAGGAGUUACGGUCUAAGUAUGACACUAUAGACGUUACGAAAACGACAAAGUUCAAUGAUCUUCCCCUAUCGAAGUUUACCCUGAAGGGUUUAACGGAAAACAACUAUGUCGAAAUGACGGACAUCCAGAGGCAGAGUAUCGGCUUAGCCUUGCAGGGCAACGAUAUCUUGGGAGCUGCGAAAACCGGCAGUGGCAAAACACUGGCUUUUCUUAUCCCAGUAUUGGAAAUUUUGUACUGCAAAAAGUGGUCGAGACUAGAUGGUCUAGGUGCAUUGAUUAUCACACCAACGAGAGAGCUGGCGUAUCAGAUAUACGAGACGUUACGAAAAGUGGGUCAGCACCACGAUAUUUCAGCAGGCUUGAUUAUAGGAGGAAAGGAUUUAAAAUUCGAGAAGAAACGUAUGGACCAGUGUAAUAUAGUUAUAUGUACACCAGGACGUUUGCUUCAGCAUAUGGACGAAAAUCCAUUAUUCGAUUGUGUAAAUAUGCAGAUAUUAGUGUUAGAUGAAGCGGAUCGUUGUUUAGACAUGGGUUUUGAGAAGACCAUGAAUUCCAUCAUUGAAAAUUUACCGGCUAAAAGGCAAACUCUGCUUUUUUCAGCGACUCAAACAAAAUCUGUGAAAGAUUUGGCGAGAUUAAGUCUUAAAGAUCCAUUGUACGUGUCCGUGCACGAACACUCUGCGCACACCACGCCGGAGGGCCUGCAACAGAGUUACAUUGUCUGUUCCUUGGAAGAUAAAAUGGCAAUGCUAUGGUCCUUUAUAAAAAAUCACAUGAAACAGAAGAUAAUUGUAUUCUUUUCCAGCUGUAAACAAGUGAAGUAUGUAUAUGAAGCGUUUUGCCGACUGCGACCAGGCGUCAGUUUAUUAGCUCUCUACGGCACUCUUCAUCAGCUGAGAAGAAUGAGUAUCUACGAAUCGUUUUGCAAGAAGCAGCAUGCUGUUUUAUUCGCGACUGAUAUCGCUGCCCGUGGAUUAGAUUUCCCUGCCGUAAAUUGGGUGGUUCAAAUGGAUUGUCCGGAAGAUGUCAACGCUUAUAUACACAGAGCAGGCAGAACCGCCAGAUUUAAAAGUGGUGGUGAAUCCCUUCUAGUUUUGUUAUCAUCCGAAGAAGCGAUAAUCGAGAGACUUACGCAACGUAAAAUUCCAAUAAAUAUGAUAAAGAUAAAUCCAAACAAGCUGCAAUCGCCACAUCGUAAGCUGGAAGCUUUAUUAGCGCGAGAUGUGACAUUGAAAGAAACAGCUCAGAGAGCCUUUGUAACAUAUAUCAAAUCAGUUUUCCUAAUGAAGGAUAAAGAAAUCUUCGAUGUGCAUGCUUUAAACACAGACGCAUAUGCUAAAUCGUUAGGUUUAGCCAUACCUCCGAGAAUCCGAUUUUUACAAAGAAUGCAGAAAAAAAUGUCGAAUAAUAGUAACGUUAAGACUGAAGAAAAAAUAGAUCAAAUUUCAUUUAAAUCGGCAGAUAACAGCGAACAGGAAGAUAGCGGAAAUAACUCUGACAAAAGUGAUAUUCCUGAUAAUAAAAAUAAUGAAAAAAGAAUAGUUAAAGAAAAAAAUACUGCUGCUCUUCAGUUUGAUGAUAGUGACGACGAAGACAUAUUGACUAUAAAGAGAAAAAAUAUAGAUGUCGAUGAUAUUCCUAUGACAGAGAAUGAAGAUAAGACGUCGAACAAAAAGAAAUCUGUUACAAAAGUUGCAUUGGCCAAGAAGAUUCUCAGAAAGAAGAUUGUACCCAAUAAGAAAACUGUAUUUGAUGAUGAGGGCCAAGAAUUAGUCGAUUCUGCCAAAAUGAAAAUGUCAGAAUUAGCACGGCAAUACGAGAAUGAAGUCGAUUCUGGCAUUAAUAUCGAGAUGGCCAAGCAAAUUUUGCGCGAGGAGGAUCAGUUCGAUAAACAAAGAUUCAGAGAGAAGAUUAAAGAAAGACACAGAGAGGAGAAGAGGAAACUGAAGAUUACUAAAAAGGCAGAAACAAACGACGAAGAGGGCGGAGACACAGGCGAUGAUUACGGUAGCGAAAGUGAAGCUAGUGAAGAUCCAGAUCUCUCAUGGUUACCUGAUCCAGAUAAAAUAUACGGCAAGCAACAAGAUAAAGACGAAGAAGUAUCGUCUGCCAAUGAGUCUGAAGAAGACGAAGAAUCUGAGGAAGAAAGCAUAGUUCACAGGCCGUUCAAAAGAAAAUUGGUAACGCAAGAGGAGUACAAGGGAACCAAGAAGAAACAAAAAGUAUCGAAUAUUGCCGAUCUACAGGCCGACGAGGAAUUAGCGUUACAGUUAUUACAGAAUUAGCAAGCGCGUCUUUAGAGAAAUGUAAAUUUAUACAUUUUAUUUUUAUGAACGUGGCGGUAUGUACACUUUACAAUAUGCAACGAUUAUCUUAACAAUAAAGUGUAAUUUUACAUUU